CGGCGUGCUCCGCGCCGCCUCGCUUCACUCUCCCCGCGGACCUUUGCGCAUGCGCGGCGCUGCGCGUUGGCGACGUGGAAGGCCGGACGCGGGCGGUGUCUGUGGGAUUCGCAUCCUGUCUGGAAAAGCUCCUUCAGGAGGCUUGGUACGUUCCUGCUGUCUUGCCUCUGACAAAACAUUGUGAGUGGGGAGAGAGAGGUAAAUAAGAGAAGAAAUGAAGAUUUAGAAACCUAUUUGCCAAACAAAGAAGAUGGGAGCAAAUAGCAGCAGCAUCAGUGAGCUUCCAGAAAAUGAGUACUUAAAAAAGUUAUCAGGAGCAGAGCCCAUCUCUGAGAAUGACCCGUUCUGGAAUCAGCUGCUGUCAUUUAGCUUUACCACUCCAACAAACAGUGCUGACUUAAAGCUCUUGGAAGAAGCCACAGUCUCAGUCUGCAAGUCUUUAGUUGAGAAGAAUCCUCGAACAGGAAACCUUGGGUCAUUGAUUAAAGUCUUUCUUUCUAGAACCAAAGAGUUAAAAAUUUCAGCAGAAUGUCAGAAUCACCUCUUUAUUUGGCAGGCUCACAAUGCACUGUUUAUUAUUUGCUGUUUGCUGAAAGUAUUCAUCAGUCGAAUGUCAGAGGAGGAGCUGCAACUUCAUUUUACUUACGAAGACAAAGCACCGGGCUCAUACGGAACAGAGUGUGAAGACCUCAUAGAAGAAUUGCUGUGUUGCCUUGUCCAGCUCAUUGUUGAAAUUCCCCUCUUAGAUAUUACAUACAGCAUUUCUUUGGAAGCUGUGACAACUCUCAUCGUCUUCCUCUCCUGCCAGUUAUUCCGCAAAGAAAUUCUGCGGGAGAGCAUCAUUCACAAAUACCUGAUGCAUGGCCGAUGUCUCCCAUAUACUAGCAGACUUGUGAAAACUUUGCUAUAUAAUUUCAUUAGACAAGAAAGAAGCCCUCCUCCGGGGACCCAUGUCUUUCAGCAGCAAAGUGAUGGAGGAGGACUGCUUUAUGGAAUUGCAUCUGGGGUGGCAACUGGCCUAUGGACAGUCUUCACGCUCGGAGGGGUGGGCAGCAAACCAACGCCACAGAUGGAGCAGUGCUCCCCUCUGGCUAACCAGAGCCUACUGCUGCUGCUGGUCUUGGCCAAUCUCACCGAUGCUCCAGAUACACCGAAUCCCUACAGGCAAGCUAUUAUGUCCUUCAAGAAUACCCAAGAUAGUACUGCUUUUUCAUCAUCAAAUCCACACGCUUUCCAGAUUAAUUUUAACAGUUUAUACACAGCUUUGUGUGAUCAGCAGAAAUCUGAUCAAGCGACUCUUCUUUUAUACAUGCUUCUGCAUCAAAAUGGCAAUGUACGGACAUAUGUGUUGGCACGAACGGACAUAGAAAAUCUUGUUCUGCCAAUUCUUGAAAUUCUGUAUCAUGUUGAAGAAAGGAAUUCACACCAUGUUUACAUGGCUCUUAUCAUUCUGCUGAUCCUUACAGAGGAUGAUGGCUUCAACCGAUCCAUCCAUGAAGUGAUACUGAAAAAUAUCACCUGGUAUGCUGAGCGUGUUUUAACAGAGAUCUCACUUGGGAGUCUCCUGAUACUAGUCGUGAUAAGAACCAUACAGUACAACAUGACGCGGACAAGGGACAAAUACCUUCAUACAAAUUGUCUGGCAGCCUUAGCAAAUAUGUCAGCACAGUUCCGCUCACUUCAUCAGUAUGCGGCUCAGAGGAUCAUCAGUUAUACCUGCCGCCACUUGCGGAGAUAUGUAUAUGUCUUGGACAAACUGUAUUUCCCCCACUCUCACUGCUCCACGCUGCAGCAUUGCUUCUCGACCCUCAGUGACAAUGGAGAGGAACUCUUGUCUUUAACUUGUUCUCACAUUCUCAGAUCCUAUGCUUCCAGUUUAUUUUCUUUGCUGUCUAAAAAACACAACAAAGUGCUGGAACAAGCCACGCAGUCCUUGAGAGGUUCCGUUGGUUCAAAUGACUCUCCACUUCCUGAUUAUGCGCAAGACCUGAAUGUGAUCGAGGAAGUGAUCCGAAUGAUGUUGGAGAUCAUCAACUCCUGCCUGACAAAUUCCCUUCAUCACAACCCAAACUUGGUGUACGCGCUGCUUUACAAGCGGGAUCUCUUUGAGCAGUUCCGAACUCACCCUUCCUUCCAGGACAUAAUGCAAAAUAUAGAUCUGGUGAUCAGCUUUUUCAGCUCCCGAUUAGAGCAAGCUGGAGCUGAGCUGUCAGUGGAGCGAGUUCUGGAAAUCAUCAAGCAAGGAGCUGUUGCUUUGCCCAAAGACAGGCUAAGAAAGUUCCCCGAGCUGAAGUUCAAGUAUGUGGAGGAGGAGCAGCCCGAGGAGUUCUUCAUCCCCUACGUUUGGUCCUUGGUCUACAACUCCGCCGUGGCCCUGUACUGGAACCCGCAUGACAUCCAGCUCUUCACUAUGGACUCUGGCUGAAGGAGGUGCCGCAGCCAAGCCAACGCAGCUCCCUUGUCUUACAGAAAACAGAAACCUGCACCGCGUGUUAAUACGUGACCCCCUCCAGCGUGCACCCUCUGACCCCACAGCUUUUGGAGAAUGAAGCUUGCCGCUAGUGCACAGUCCAGUGUCAACGUCUUGGAAGCAAACUGCCACCAACACGCUGGCAACAGACUGUGGUGUGAGGAACCGACGGCUUGUAGGCGAACCUUGCAUUUAUAGUCCUGUAACCUAGAGCUUGUUUGAUGAAAAUGAGGCCUUACACAUGGGGUAUGAUGUUACUACCAACCACAAACCCGAUUGUUCUUUUAACUUAAUGGGAUAAAUGAGGGAAGGGAUUGCGGACUUUGUUUUGGAAACAGCAUUUGUAUUCUUGUUUCUUUCAAGUGAGGGAGGUUUGUUGGGUCAAGCUUUCUGUGGUCUGUUGGAUUCUGCCACGGGUUGCUCGUCACCUAAUCCUGUGCUUUCACUCACAGCCCUUCACUUCGGUGGCACUCUCAAGGCUGUAGACAUUAAAUUGGUGUCUACGCCAUCAACCAAAUGAACUAAGCAAGCAGCAUAUUAAUGAGAUUAGCUCCCAGCCUGAUUUAAAACACUUGAUUUAGCUGACAAAAUGUUUGUGGGAGGAUUUUCAACAGAAAGUCUUUUUUGACUGGCAAACACUCGAUAGAGGGCUACAAACACCAUCUUCCAGAGUCAGGUCCCUUGCAGACUUGUUUUACUGCGUGUCUGAGCAAAAGUUGUUCCUGGAAAUUGAAUGUGUGUGUGGGAAAACAAACAAAAAACUCUCCAAAGAAAAUAGUUGUAGGAUUGUACAAUAGAACAGUGUCCUGUUAAAAUGGUGUGGGAUGGUGACAGUGUCACGGGGAUCCUUGGCUAAGUUUCGUGUUGAAAAUGCCGUUUGCUAUUACAGGGUUUAUGUAUAAGUAUAAAUUUACCUGAAUGUAGAAUACUUCUCUUUUGUUGUUGUUGUUGUUUUUAAGUGUCCUUUCCUGAUAUACCUGUUUAUGCAGUUGGGAGAACAAAAGAAAUGGCUUGACCUGAUUUUGACCGAAUAUCUCAUUUUUCGAGGCGAGGAUCGUUUCCUCUCUGGGGAGGCUCCUGAUGGUGCCUGUGGCACGUGCAUGCAGACACUCUCCUAACCCCACAUGCUGCUGUGUGGACUGCCACCAGUGCAUUGCAUGCCAAAACAUAAAAAACAAGGAAUUAGCUCCUAAAGAUACAUGGCAACCCCCUGUAUCCGCCACCUGCUCCAGCAUGUUCUGUUUAUUGACCUGAAGAAUCAGGUGCAUUUGCUUUCAAACAGUUCUUUGAGUGGUUUUUAAUAGAAUUUCUUGCACCCUUCCUUUAUUUUUAUUUCCCUGAAGGAUGAGCUAGGAUUGUACUUUCCUUUUACCUGCUCAUUUAGAGGUGGGAGUCCAUUUAAGUCCUACCGAAAUGGAAAUGCUGGCUUAAAAAAAAACAAAAGGCAGCAAAGCUUUCCAAAUUUAUUUAAGCAUAGCUACAAAGUGAUGUGUACAACCCAGGAGCAUUUAGGGCUUUAAAAUGACAGAAGCUGUUUCAAAAAGGCAAUAGUUGAGACUGGGGAUGCAAUUUUUCUUAGCAAAAUAGGUGGAAUGAACCAUGACCGAGCUGCACAGAGGUUUGUGCUGUUUUUUGGGUUUUUUUUGGUCUGCUUUAUUUCGUCUUUGAGCAGCAAACGUUGAAAGGGGAUAACUCUUCUUGGUUAUUGUAGUGAUUUGUAAUUUCAUCUUUAUUACAAAACUCAGAGUGUUUGUGAGUCAGCAGGGCUGCCCGGCCUUUGGAAGGGUCAGUCUGAAGAUGCACUUUUAAACUGUGGGUUCUGAAGGUACUGGAUGGCUCGUUUUAAAUCUGAUUUAAAGUGCCCAUGAGCACCCGAACCUGAGGUGAGCACCCUUCUCCCCACUGCCUGCAGCAGGAGUGAGCACUUCACAAACACAGCCCAGCAGAGGUGAUGCGUUUUGGCAGGGUGUCAAGCUGGAGAGAACCUGAUUCUUCUCUUUGAAAGGCCUUUUCAUAAAGGGAAAGGUACAUAGAGCAGUAAUCUGAUAGAAUAGGUCAAACCAGCUGCUGAAUCAAUCACACAGUAAAUUAUUUCUCACUGUCCUCUUGUUGCGAUGACCUCGAGUUGAAGUGCAGAAGGAACAGGUUUGUUCCCAUCACAUAAUUUCCUUGUGCAUUUAGUUCAUAUUUAGUGCUCCUAGGGCCUGGCUGGUUUGGAACAGCUGGAGUUACAAUCCAAAGCCCAAAGAGCGGAGACAGACCAAGAUUUAUGCUGAAAUCCAAGCUAGCCCCAUUGGCUCUUCCAAGAGUUUGAGCAUUGUGUGGGUCUGGCAGCAUCCCGGUGUCUGCAGUCUGGCACGGUCACAAAUACUCUGGUUUCCUUCAGAUCUGUAAUGUACCACACUGGGGAUCCUUUUCAUGACUUUGUGUGAAAGAUUUAUUAUGCAUCAUAAUAAUAAUAAAAUAAUUAAAACAGUAAA